GUAGUGGUACUUCUUUCGAGUUUAAGCAAUCUAACGGAAUUUGCUUCCUCAAUGAAUCAAACCUUGAAUCACAGAAAAUGAACCCAAAUCCCCCUCCAAACCCCUCCUUAAACCCUUCUCAACUGAUCACCACCAUCACCAACCUCCUCACCACCCAAAAAAGCCCCUUAUUGCCGCCCAACUCCGCCCUCCUCCGCCCUUAUCUCCCCCACCUAACCCCACCGAUCCUCCACUCCAUUUUCACUUCCCCCACCCUCCUCUCCUCCCACUCCACUUCCCUCCUCUCUUUCUUCAAGCUGGUGCAAUCCCACAAGCCCUGCCUCACCCUCCCCCUCCCUUCCCUAAUCUCCCUCCUCAAUUCCCUCUUCCGCCGCAACAAAUUUGCCGAUGCCAAGGCCCUCCUCCUUUCCUUCAUUUCUUCCGAUCACCCCCGCCACAACCUCCACCACCACCUCCUCCACCCCUCCAAAUCCCUCCCUCCGCCCAAUAAUGCCCUUUUGGACACUUCCAUUGGUGCCUACUGCCAAUGCGGCCACACCCACCUCGCCGCCAUGGUUUUCAAGAAGAUGAAGCGCCUCCGCCUUCGCCCGAAUCUACUCACUCUCAAUACCCUCUUGAAUUCGCUGGUAAAGUACCCUUCCACCCACUCAGUCCAUUUUUGUAAAGAGUUAUUGAAUGAUGCUCUUAAGCUCGGCGUUAAGACAAAUACAAAUACUUUUAAUAUCUUGAUAAGCGGAUAUUGUUUGGAAUAUAAGUUCAGAGAUGCUACUAAUUUGUUGAAUGAAAUGAGGGAGUUUGGUUGUGAACCAGAUAGUGUGAGUUAUAAUACGAUAUUGGAUGCCUUAGGUAAGAAGGGUAGGUUGCAAGAGGUUCGUGAUUUAUUGCUCGAUAUGAAGAACAGUGGGUUGGUUCCGGAUAGGAAUACGUAUAAUAUCUUGGUUAAUGGGUACUGUAAAAUGGGGUGGUUGAAGGAUGCUGCUAAGAUCACUGAGUUGAUGACCCAAAAUAGUUUGUUGCCUGACAUUUGGACUUACAAUAUGUUGAUUAACGGGUUGUGCAAUGAGGGAAGGAUUAAUGAGGCCUUUAAGCUUCGUGACGAUAUGGAGGGGUUGAAAUUGUAUCCCGAUGUGGUUACUUAUAAUACUUUGAUUAACGGGUGCUUCGAAAAUGGAAAGAGUUCUGAGGCUUUUCAGUUGCUUGAGGAGAUGAAAGGAAGAGGAGUGAAACUAAAUGAGGUUACUCAUAAUAUCGUGGUUAAGUGGUAUAGUAAUGCAGGGAAGAUGCGUGAAGCUAGUGAUGUUUUACGUAGGAUGGAAGAGGAUGGGUUUUCUCCAGAUUGUCUAACCUACAACACUUUGAUAAGCAGAUACUGCAAAGCUGGGAACUUGGCUGAAGCUUUUAGAAUGAUGAACGAAAUGGGUGGUAAAGGUUUGAAAAUGGAUACUGUGACUCUGAAUACUGCUCUUCACUCUCUUUGUCAACAAAGGAUGCUUAAUGAGGCACGUGACUUACUUAAGAGUGCAGUAAAGCGAGGUUAUAUUGUCGAUGAAGUUAGUUAUGGCACUCUAAUUGUCGGUUACUUUAAAGAUGAAAAUGUGGACACAGCUCUCAAGCUCUGGAGUGAGAUGAAAGAAAAAGGUAUUUGUCCCAGCAUUAUCACAUACAACUCUGUGAUAGCAGGGCUUUGCAAGACUGGAAAAACUGAACAAGCAAUGGGGAAACUCAAUGAGCUUUUGGAGAAUGGGUUGGUCCCUGAUGAAAUUACCUACAACACAAUUAUUCAAGGCUACUGCUGGGAGGGAAAUAUUGAGAAAGCAUUUCUCUUUCACAAUAAAAUGGUUGAGAAAUCAUUCAAACCUGGCAUCUAUACAUGCAAUAUUCUUCUUCGUGGGCUUUGCAGGGAAAGGAUGCUUUCAAAAGCUAUCAAGCUAUUUAAAACAUGGAUAUCGAAGGGGAAAGUUCUUGAUGCAGUAACUUACAACACAUUGAUAACGGCCUUAUGUAAAGAAGGGAGGCUGGAUGAGGCAUUGGGCCUUGUUGCUGAAAUGCAAGAAAAGAAGCUAGAGCCUGACAGUUACACAUAUAAUGCCAUUGUUGGUGCAUUUGCUGAUGUGGGAAGAAUAAAUGAAGCGAAGGAGCUCCUGCCAAAAAUGGCUGAAAUGGGAAUAUCAUUUGACCUACCUGCAGCAAUAAACAAAGAGCAAGAUGCCGCUGGUGAAUCAUCAGAUCAGUUUGAUCAAAGUUCUAUUGCUACUGCAGAGCAGAUAACUGAGCUAUGUACUAAAGGGAGAUUCAAAGAUGCCAUGCACAUAUAUGGAGAAAUGACUAAGAAGGGUAUUGCUGUUCACAGAUCUGCAUAUAUUGCCCUAAUGAAUGGGCUUGUCAAGAGGAGGAAAAGUACACUGAAGUCUGUUUGAUUUUUGUUUUGGUGUUGCGUGGCUCAUCUCCUUUGCAAACUGGAAAAAUAUAGUUGGCCAUACCAAGUAAGUUAUUGGAGGUGGCUGUCUGUGUUGCUGCUACAUGAGCAAGAGGUUGACUGUGGACCUUCUUUCUUCAAGUUCGAGUGUCAGGAUGAGCAUCUGAAAACUGGUUGGGUUUCAUUUUCAACUGCUUCAGGUUGGUUUUAUGGUGGCAAUCACAUUAGCAUUCAGAUCUUGUGGUGUUUGAUGUGGUAAUGCCACUCUGAAGGUGGAAUUCCCUUCCCUUUUAUGUUAGUGUCUGCUGAGGUGGCUGUUGUCAGUAGCAGUGGAGCAGGUUUAUCUAGAGCUGUUAUGGAGUAUAUCCUGUUUAGAAAGCAUUGACAAGAUUGAGAGAAAACCUUUCCAGGAUCUACACAGUAGAAUUUACAGGUGUAACUUUGGUCUUACCAGGGAGGCUGUUUUGAGAUAAACAGGAUUCAUGGGCUUUUCCCUGUUGGUCCCUUUUGCUGCUGAUAUGAUAUUGGAGCGAGUGGGUACCCUCUAUUUGAUUAUCAAAUAUCGUAGGAAAGUUGAAGCUCUAAUUGAUGCUGUAAUUGCGAUGCUAUUUUCACAGAUGAUAAGGUAGAAGACAAAGGUUCAGCAUACUUGGUGCUCUAUGUGAAACAGGUGGAUGGGCUGCUGAGAACACAGAUCAUCUGCUGCCUUAUCGGGUCUUGUCUGGUACCUAAAAGCAUAUAAGAUUUUAGGAUGGCUUGUGAUUGCUGAGUGCUAUCAGGAGCUGGAUUAGUUUCUGUUGUCUGACGCCUAGCUAAGAGCAUAAAAUUUUGACGUGGUGGUGAGAGAAGACAGAGUUUCCAAAACAGAAAGGCAUGGCAGCCUUGCCACUCAAGCUAUUUUCUGGACACUUUGUUGGAAAAGAAAUUGGAGAGCUAUAGUUUUGGCAGUUGUAAUAUGUAGAGCUAUGGUAUGACCCCUGAUUUGUUCUGUCCAUUACCUUGGAGAUCCCUUAUCCCAUGGAUGGUUAGAUUAUUCUUUUGCACUGCUUUUUGGCAGUUAAUUGUAUACUUUGUAUAGGCAUUACUCCUUGUACCAAAACAAUAUUAUCUCAUGUGUUGUCAGAAGUAUAGGUGCCCUCAUAGAGGUUGCAGAAAUUCUUGGCAUACCAUUGAUUCUAUGCAGCGACAGGAAAAUUCGAAGACUAGCUUAA